AUGAUGCAAAAUGGAUCUUGUUCUAUCGUUGAUCAGAGAAAUCUCUAUGAAAAAUACGAAUCGGAGUUUGAAGAAGGGGAAGGAGAAGGAGUACUCGACCCGCAACAGAUAGAGGAGGAUUUAUUCAAUCACAUAGUUUGGGCUCCUAGGAUAUGGCGCCCUUGGGGCUUUCUAUUUGAUUGUAUCGAAAGGCCAAAUGAAUUGGGAUUUCCCUAUUGGGCCGGGUCAUUUCGGGGCAAGCGGAUCAUUUAUGAUGAAAAGGAUGAGCUUCAAGAGAAUGAUUCGGCGUUCUUGCAGAGUGGAACCAUGCAGUACCAGGCACGAGAUAGAUCUUCCAAAGAACAAGGCUUUUUUCGAAUAAGCCAAUUCAUUUGGGAUCCUGCGGAUCCACUCUUUUUCCUAUUCAAAGAUCAGCCCUUUGUCUCUGUGUUUUCACACCGAGAAUUCUUUGCAGAUGAAGAGAUGUCAAAGGGGCUUCUUACUUCCCAAACAGAUCCUCCUACAUCUAUAUAUAAACGCUGGUUUAUCAAGAAUACGCAAGAAAAGCACUUCGAAUUAUUGAUUCAUCGCCAGAGAUGGCUUAGAACCAAUAGUUCAUUAUCUAAUGGAUUUUCCUUGACCGAGCCUAAUUCUAUUCUAAUUGUUUUGUUCCGAAGCAAAGAUAUCCACGGGGCGGUUCGCCCUAUUCAGAUAUUCACGACCGAGAAGUACUGGAUUCUCUUUCGGAUAGGUCCUGAAAGGAGAAGGAAAGCUGGAAUGCCACCAGGCGUCUAUUAUUGA